AUGUCUAAUUCCUUUCUAUAUCCGAAUACAAUUCAUUUCGAUCAGUCCUAUAUCAAUUAUCGAUUUGAUUGGAGCAACUUCUCCGUUCCUUUGGCUAUUAUCCCAUGGAUUUACAUCAUUCCAAGUUUUUCAGUAAUCUGGAAAAUCUGGAAAAUUUACUGGACAACGAAUCAAAAUAAGACCGCAGAUGUGAAUCGUCAUGUUUUCCUGGCAAUAUCCCUGUCACAGUUUGCAUGCUUUGCCAAUUUUUUCUUUGAUUAUUUCAUGACACGACUUCCGGCAACUGGAAUAUUCACUUCGUAUUGUGCAAGUAUUCAACCGAACCAUUGGUUAAAAAUGAUCAUUUUUCUGGCAUUGUACACGAAUUACUUGUCAUUGGCAUUUCCGAUUCUCCUUCCAUUGAUCAGAUUGGUGAUUGUGAUAUUUUCAAAAACACAUCAAAAGUGUAGAAAUCAUUGGGUAGUAAUAAGUGUGGUCUUUGAAACAGUAAAUGUUUUGGACUUUUAA